AUGAGUACCAGAGACUACAUUAACGGUUUUCAAGAAACUGCCGAAGUAUGUGUGGGCACGUCAGUCGGUACUAUUACGGAGCCCGACUGCCUCGGCCCCUGCGAGCCUGGUACCUCGGUCACGUUGGAGGGCAUCGUGUGGCACGAAACGGAAGGUGGUGUCCUAGUAGUCAAUGUAACCUGGCGGGGGAAGACCUACGUGGGCACGUUACUGGAUUGUACGCGACAUGAUUGGGCGCCGCCGCGGUUUUGUGACUCCCCGACGGAGGAGUUGGACUCGAGGACGCCGAAAGGUCGGGCAAAACGCGGUCGAGGCGCGGCACCCACCGACAUGACCAACUUCACGGAGACGCGCUCCUCCGUGCACAGCAAACUGCGCAACGGCGGCGCGAAGGGCCGGCGCGCGCUACCCUCUCCCACGCCGUUCACGCCACCACGGCCAGACUCCAAGAGGAACUCAGAGCUAGAAGAACCGACGGCAGAACCGGCGUCGCCUGCCUGUCCUCCCUCGGAGCCCGCAACCCCCGCCACGCCUGUGAAGUCUCCCACGCCAGCGAAGUCUCCGGACGUGAAGAGCGACAAAUCCCCUGAGAAAUCGCCGGAGAAGACGGAACCAGUUGAAGUGUCGCCGCAGCCUAGGUUCCCUGAGGAGUUUGCGCCCACGCCAGAGCCGACUCCGCAACCGGAGCGACCUCCGACGCCGCCGGUGCCCUCCACGCCCCCGCCUGAAACCCUCCCUCCGCUCCAGACUUUACAACCGACGCAAUUCAAGGUGAAACCUCGGUCAGCUUUAAUGCCAUCUGAGGAGCGUAAAUCAACGGAGUCCCCGGCGGAGGAGUCUCCGGGCAAGCGGAGAGCACGGCGCUCCCCCACGCCGGGCGUGCGAUCGCCCGCCUACUCCGACAUCUCGGACGACGCCGCGCCGCCGGAGGGCGCGCCUGACGCCGAGCCCAGCCAUCGCCCCUUCCCCGUCUACCAUCAGUACUACGGGCAGCCACAGUAUCUGCAGCCCACGCACCCCCCCGCCGCGCCUCCGCCACAACAAGAUAAGAGCAAGGAGGACCUCAGUAAAGGCGACCCUAAAGCUGAUCUCAAGGACAACAAACCAGAGAGCGGACCACAAAAAGUUCUACCGCAGCAUUUCUAUCCAUACAACUACGUUCAAAAUUUUCCCUACAACGUGGAAUCUGGUGCACCGCCGGGAACACCGCUAGAAGACAAGGGCAAGUCCCACGGUGACGGCGACCGGUCCAAGACGACACCCAGCCCAUUGGACAAGAGCAAACAGCCCAGGCCGCCCGACGGCAAAGAGAAUCCGGCGCGCCCCAACGAGAACCAUCAGAUACUCAAAGAGAGCAUAGAGAUGAAGGCCCAGAUGGGCUCCUACGCAUUCCAACGACCGCCACAUACCAGGGAAGAAGAAUUGAGAAGGUACUACAUGAGCUUAGAGCAAAGACGCAAAGAAGGCGGUGAUGUGAAGCCUGGAGGUCCCCCGGGCAUGCCGGGCGCUGCGGGCGGGCCGGGGGGCGGGGGCAACACCGGCCCGCCGCGCACCCCGCAGCCCGCUCACAAGCCCCCGCCCAAAGACAAGGAAGACAAGCCCAAGGAGGAGGUCAAGAUUAAACAAGAAGGACAGAAACCGACAACAGAAACCCAAGGGCCACCUCCUCCGCCGACGUCACAGUACUACCUCCCGCCUUACAUGCAGCCUCCGCACUAUGGAGCGUUGCCGUUCGACCCCGUGUACCGAGCCCCCUUGAGUCCCAUGCUGGUGAGCGGGUACGGCCCCGGGUGGUCGGUACCAAGGUAUCAUGCCCCCGAGGACUUGUCCCGUCCCGGGGCGCCGGGGAAGCUAGAACUAUUGCCUCCGGGGCAGUACUACGGGGGACACGGAGGGCACGGGGCACACGGGGCGCAUAAGAUCCACGAGCUGCAGGAGCAUGCUAAGUCACCAGUGGGCAAGGCGCCGCGUGCUGAGGCGCCCAAAGAGGGCGCCCGUUCGCCGCCGCCGCAGCGCCACGUGCAUACACACCACCACACACACGUCGGUCUCGGCUACCCGCUCUAUCCCCCGCCUUAUCCAGCGGCUGCGGUGUUAGCGAGCACGCAAGCGGUGGUCAACUCAUUCCCAACGCCGCCUAAAUGAGACAAAUAACCCCGCAAUAAGGACAAAUCCACAAGAAGGGCGCGUGUUCCCCGGCCGAGCGCGCUCGCUGCCUCAACGGACGUGCCCAGAUGAAACUAAACUCACCGAUAGUGACAGUGCAGUGACGUGACAAUGACCGACUACAGGUCGACUUUAUCCAGUAGCCAUAAAUAAACUCUGUGAUUUCGCGUAAUUAAAACACGAGUGUAGAAAAUGUGACGUGCGCUUUGAAUGUUAGGUGUGUGAACUGAUAGUUACCUGAAAUAUAGUGUUGUGUUCCGAGAACUCUCGAAUGGAUGUUGGUGGUUGGACAUUGGUUUAUGUUGUUGUGGACGCAGUUGGACGUUUUGCACUCGCUGUCCCCUCUCACUGGAACCUAUUUUAUAUUAACUAGUGAAAGCACAAACUAGUUUUGUACAUAUUAGAUUUAUGUGUAAAUUCCCCUACAUUAGAAUCCAAUGCAGUUAUUGUAAUAUACAUCGAAUUAUAUCCUCUUGUACCCUGUGUGCAUCGUACUGAUUGCAAGCUCGCUGUUCGAUGUUUCAAAUCAUUUGCAGUGAGAUUUUCUAAAUGAUAAUAGCAUUCCACGAGAUAAAGCAAGCGUAACUAGUUUAAACAUAAUUUUAAUUGUUUAUAACUAAGAUAGAUUAAGUUUAAAGGCGUUAAUGUGAUCAAUAUGAGUCGUAGUGUGCACAAAUCGUACUCUGUCUCGAUUAUAAUGAGGAACGACUAUAUAUAUAUACAUAGAGCAUCCUAUAGAAUUGUGGAGUGUUUGACUGUCGCUGUGCGUAAUGUAUUUCUGGCUUAUAAUGAUUAUUGUUAACGAAAAUAAUCUCAUAUUUCGAUAUUCUCGACUCCCGAGCCCACACUGAAGCAAGUUAGCCGGCAACAAUUUAAUGUUGAUUCUUAGUACUUCCUCUUAUCCCGUUUUUGUGUGGGUUUUUCAUACAAGUCUUCCAGUCGAAUUGUUCAUACGACUGUCGCAAUAUUUUACGUCUACAUUUUUUUAAUCUAUAUUAAUAUUGAACAAACUGUUUUUUCUCUGUAUUAAUUCACAAUGUAAAAAACACAAAUGUGUAUGGUAUUGUAGAAAAAUCUAUUUUUAGUAGUGAAACACAUCAAUUUAGAUCAACUCGAUCGAUAUACUUUGUAGAGAUAUUUUCUAUAAUUUAAUAUUUUAUUCAAUGUACGAACGUACCUGUCCGAUAAAUAAAACCGAUAUUUAUAGAAGCUGGGCCUAAAUACCUAAGUUUGUAUUAAAAAAAAUGAUUCAUGUUGACAACUGGAAACCAGUGAAAUUAUUAUUUUACAAUUAUUAUUUACUUUAAAACUGCGACUGCCUAAAAUAUGUUUAUAAAUAAAAUUGAAACAGUUAGAGCUUUUUCAGUACAAACUGUUAUUUCCUAAGCUAAGUCGAAAAAAGUAUAAUUUGGUCAGAAAAAAAGAUUAGACUUCUCCUUAGGGAGAUCGGCCGUUUUAAAUCUUAUGUAAGCAUUAAGUGUCAAUGCUAUAAUCGAUAUCAAAUUACAAUGAGCUCUAAUUUUUUUUUUAAUUUCUUUGAGUAAAUUAUUUACCUAUUUUGUAAUACAAUAAAUCAAUAUUAUUUGGAUGCAGGCGGCUCUCUCUUUAUACAUUGUAAAGUUUUAAUCAAAUACAUUUGUUACAAUUACUUCCAAAUACUACUUAUUUUGUUGUUCAAUAAUUGAACUAAAAUAGAUUAUGUAAAAAAUUACCUUCAAAGAAUGGUAUGAUUUUGUGUACCUUUUAUGGAGCAUAUACAAAAACGUGUGUAACAUUUGAUUUGUUACUUUUUUUUAUUAAAACUGUCUAUCCCACUUUGAUUUCAUGUUAAUUUCCCAAGUUUUAUUAUUAUUAAUUACUUUUGAUAAUUAAAAAUUAUAAUUUAAAAUCAAAGAGUUAUAAGGGACAUGUCCUCGGGGGCAUGAUACCUUGGUACCGACCACCCGGGGCCGUACCCGCUCACCAGCAUGUCGAUUUUUACUAUGAUUUGAGGUAGUCGAAAUAUUUUUUUUUUUUCAUAUUAAAUACAAAGAAAAUAAGCAGGAAGAAUAAUUUAAAAAUUAAUUUGUUUAAUUUAACAUUUUAUAUGAUAGAAAACGUUUUUGUGUUUGCUCCGUGAAAAUGUCACUUUAUUAUUAUACUAAUGUAUGAAUGUUGUGGGAGCGUGUAUGACUAACAUGAUCUCACGCAGCGCUCGUCUAUCUUCGAUGGAAUAUAAACAUAGACUGAUCGUUUCCUUUUUACUCAUUGGAUGUAAAACUUGACGCGAAGCUUCGCGCCUCUUCGUCUUGUGUCUAUUGUGUAUAUCAUAUUUGUGUAUUGUUUUGAUGUAACUAAAAUCAGUUUGAUUUUUUCUUAGAAGAGAAAUUGGAGGAAGUUAAAAAACGAAAUAAAAAAUAAAUUAUUUCUUA